CAGGGGAGCUGUUUCAGAGGCAAAUCUCGCCUAAUACUACUACGUUGAUCACAAGUCUGCAAGUUAUUAUAUCUACAGGUUUUGUCGGGUUUUAUCAAACAAUGGCUGUUAACAAUGUCACGUACGAAAUUCCGCCCGGCAAUGCUCUCUCUUGUAUAUCAUGUGACAGCGCAUUUAGGAGUGUGGCAGAUGCAAUAGAGCACACUGUUGUGUGUCAUAAAAAGCAUAGACUGACAAAUAAGUAUGAGGGACAAAACCAGAUAGAAAAAAUUAAAGGAUCAAUGACAUGGACAAGAGCAAAUGUUGCACACCUAUUGGAUGUACUGAAAAAGAAGGUGGUUGACUUAGGCAAAGCCAAGGCCCACUACAGAACUAAUGAACUAGGAAGGGUUUAUGAUGAGAUAACUAUAGAACUGGCUAAUAUUAUUGGGCCAGGCAUUACUCGUUACCAAAUGACCAGGAAAUGGAAUCUUCUGCAGAGACGCGCACUGCAGCAUGAGAGAUCGAGGAAAAAGUUAUUGAAAGAAGGAAUGCCACCUCCUGAUCCACCACCAUUUCACCCUUCUGUUAAGGAAAUAAUGAGAUGUGUAGAAGAAGAAAAGAUAAAAUAUUUAAAGGAAAUGGAGCAUUCUGACAAAAGUUACACUUUAAAAUUGAAAGAAGGGGAAUUAGAAAUUCCAGAGGAACUCUCCUGUUGCUAGAGUAAGUUUUAUUUUCAUGUG